AUGGCCACAACUUCUCAACCGCCUCUGCGGUUCACCACUCACCAUAACUUGGUGUAUCGCCUGGUUCUUUCUACCCUCACCGGCCGCACAGUGCACAUCUCGCAAAUUCGCUCUUCCUCGCCUACGAACCCCGGCCUAUCUCCUCAUGAAAUUUCCUUCCUGCGACUCCUCGAAGCAGUCACCAAUGGCUCUCAAAUGGAGAUCUCCUACACUGGUACGAUCCUUGUGUAUAAGCCCGGUCUUGUCACCGGCAGCACGGCCGGAUCAGGUGCCAGCGGCGGCGUGAUCACACAUGAGCUUCCCUCAAACUGCAAUCGCGGACUCAGCUACUACCUCAUUCCUCUCUGUCUUCUAGCACCGUUCUCCAAAGCCCCGAUCAAGAUUCUUUUCACCGGUCCCGGUGUGAUCACAUCUUCCACCCCGACGGGUGAUAUGUCCGUCGACAGUGUCCGAACCGCUAUUCUCCCUCUGUACAAUCAAUUCGGCAUUUUCAACAAUGUCGAGCUUCGCAUCCUGCGCCGAUCGAACCCCGGCCCCAAUGGUAGGGGUGGCGGUGGUGAAGUUCAGUUCACUUUCGGUCAUCAGGUCCGUCUGCCGAAGACUCUGCAUUUGAUGAAUCCCGGCCGCAUAAAGCGUAUCCGUGGUGUCGCGUACGCGGUCGGUGUCUCAGGCUCUAACAACGCCCGUAUGAUCGAGGUCGCUCGUGGUAUUCUGAACCCUCUCAGCCCUGAUACCUACAUUUUCUCCGAUGUCUCGUCUGCGCCUUUGCUUCCCGUGGCGGAUAAGAACAACCCCAAUGCGAAGAAGAAGAUUGGCCUUGGUUUCGGUCUUUCCUUGGUCGCCGAGUCUUCCACCGGCUGUCUUUACUCGGCUGACGUGGCUUCGCCGCCUUCUGGUGGUCAGCCUCCGGAGGAUAUUGGCAAACAGUGCGCUUUCCAAUUGCUCGAGACUGUUUCCAAAGGUGGAUGUGUGUCCCCCGCUGCUGCGACGACCAUGCUUACUCUCAUGACCAUGGGAUCUGAGGACGUUGGUCGUUUGCAGCUUGGCCGCGAAGUCAUUGCGGACCCCAACCUGAUCCAGCUGGCACGUGAUCUUUCCAAGUUUGGUGCUCCUGGUUGGGGUAUCCGUGAUGUUGCGGGUGAGAAUGAGGACGGCGAUGUGAUCGUCAGCGUGGUUGGUCGUGGAAUUGGCAACGUCGGCCGUAAAGUCGCUUAA